AUGCAUCCCAGCGCUGGUGGUGCGCGCUCGCUUGACCACCACCACCACCACCACCACCACUGUCGUCACCACCUCCCCCACGAUCACGAUAGUCACCCCAGUCAGAGUGAGCCGACAAGGCGACAUGCGGCACGCCCCCCGAUCUCUAAACCGUCUGGCUCUGUGCCCACGACACUCGCUACUGCCGUAGAUUCUCCUCCAUCCUCCUUUGUUGCGCUUCCCCAGCGCCUUCCACGCUCGACCAUGGGCACCAGUUCUAGACGCAGGGCAUGGCCCCCUCGACUAUCCACCGUAUCACGACUCUCCACGAACCUCGUUCUCGUUAUUUUCCUUGCUGUACUCGCCAUCUCCCCCACCACCGCCGUUCGAAUCCCCAUCCAAAACUGCCUCGACGAAUCCUAUCGCAAAAGCGACAACAAUCCCCUACAAUGGAUCCCUUUGGCAAUAGAUGCCGUGUUUGACACCAAAAACGACAGCCAUACCCUCCGGGUUAUCGUCUGGGGGAAUGUAACAGGUUCCCAGAACGUCGCCGAUCUUCCAGCUGCAGGGGACCCGUACUGGACGAACGACAAUGAAACCAACGGCAAGAUCAUUCGCAGCUCCGACCUCUCGUCCAACAAUGCCAAGGCGACAACACUUAUCCGCAAGGUGAACUUUUUGUCUUACGAGCCAUGGAGAGACGCCGUAGAUUUCUGCGAGUCGGGUUUGGUAAACGGCACCUGCCCAUUGUCUCCGGUCUUUGACACCACAAACUUGUCGAUGCCUUAUGCUUUACCCUCAAUUAAUGCUACACACGAUAUGUUUUCAUCUUACGCCUUCGCCUCCAUUGACACCAACUUCCUAAUCAUAUAUGGCGACGCGGCCGCUACGGAUAUCGGAUGCAUCUCUGCAAUCAUCACUCCCGAUCUCGGCGGCCUCGCGUGGCUCCUCAAGUUCCUGCCACUCGUGAUUCUUCUCUUCACGGGAUUUGCAAUUCUCCUUUCCGCGAUUUAUAGUCCCUGGGGUUCGUCCGACAUAUUUCACUGGACCUCAAAUUACGGCCGCGAUGCGGAUCUGCUCCGGUUGGUCACUCCGGGAUUCGGCGACUGUUUGCAGUAUAUCCAAUUUGUGGCCUUGACCGGCGGGCUCACUCUCGACUACCCUGGCUUCUACCAGCCCAUUGUCAGUCAGAUGGCCUGGUCGACCCUCAUGUUCAAUGAGAGUUUUGUUGCCGGAGCCCCCCCGUGGCAGAGUGUCGUUGAUGGCAUCUAUAUCACUAAUGCUACAUAUGGACUCCAGGAGGUCGGCCAGCUGGUCGGCAUGGCUGAGGUUGAGGAUGCUUGGGCUGGUAUGAUGAUCUGGCUGUGUGUCUGCAUCGCGAGCGUCACUGUCCUCAUCCAGGCCGGAUUUCUCAUCCAGUGGCUUUACCGCAAAAUCAGAAACACCCCCGAGGAAGACCUGCGUGCCAAGAAUAUCCCUUUCUCUGUGGGUAACGUUGUCCGCAUCGUCUUCAUCUUCUUUCUGCUACCCAUCGUGGCGCUCUCUUGCUUUCAGCUAGUGGUUGCAGGCAGCUCCCCUGCCUCCACUGUCGGCCUUGCCGUUGUCACCAUCGUUCUACUGAUUGUAUUUGCCUGCUACCUCUUUUACCUCAUCAUCAGGACGCGACCCAAAUCAUUUCUCUACGAUGAUCUCCCGACUGUACUCCUGUAUGGUCCCCUAUACAACACAUACUCCGACGAGGCCGCCGCCUACGCCCUUAUCCCGGUUCUCAUCACCUUCAUCCGCGGCGUCGCCAUUGGUGCUGUUCAACCCAGCGGUAUCGCGCAGGUGGUGCUGCUCGCUAUAUGCGAGGUCAUCCAAAUCCUCACUAUUCACGCCUUCCGUCCAUUUCAGUCUGCAACGUCGAUGAACGCUUACCACACCCUAUUUUGCUCAUUGAGACUCAUCACCAUUUUGUUAAUGGUUGCAUUCUUGCCCUCCCUGGGCGUCACCGAGGGGCAGAAAGGGUGGAUUGGAUACGUCAUCUUGGGAGUUCACGGCGCCGCUCUGAUUUUCGGCUUCUUCCUCAACGCUCUUCAGACGAUCGUUGAGGUUGUCGCACGAAUGCUGGGUGCCGGCGGAGACGACCUGCAGGGUCAAACCCGAGGAGGAUUGUCCAAGAUCUUCGGCAUGCGGCAGCUGUCACGUCGGGUCACGCAUCGCGCUGGGCCUUCACGAGCCAGCCAAUUGUCUACCACCGCAAUGCUAGAUGCCGAUGACAGCGGCAAGUCAGGGUACGCCAUGCCAAGCGGGAGAGUACGAAGCGAGUCUGGUGCAAGCCUGGGUGGAAUGCUUGCGCAUCACAGGCAGAGCUCGGCACUCGAUAGCAUCGACGCCUAUACUGGCAUGCAGCGCAAUAUGGACAGCGGUAGCUCGUACAUGCCAGACACACCCGGUGAGGCGAGUACAUUUUCCUUCCUCCCUUCGCCCACCGCCGCACGCCACCAUCCCUCUACAUCGAUUACCGAUCCCUCCGAGGUUCCAGGCCCCUACUAUCGACCGCCACGACGCCGCCGUGAGACGCUCAACGACUCGAUACACUCGGACAUGCCGGCCGGCUCUGUCAACGCGGAAACCAAACGGUUUAGCCAGACUGGAGCUGGGACCCCGGCCGAAUCAACUGAUAUGGGCGCGGAGAUUUCCCGCGGUGCAACUCCGGCUCCUCCUGGUGCAUACUCUCAACUCAGCUUCCCCCCGAACCGCCCCGAUUAUGCAACCCGUGAAGUCGACUUUUACUAUGGCGUUCGCGGUCCGGCUCUGAACGCUGGACCUGGUAGGAGGUUAGGAACUGGCCCGGCGGAUCCCACAGGACCUGUUGCCACGGCAUCUGGAUGGAUACGGAACAUGUUCGGUGCUAAGACGAAGGAGAAGGGCAAGGGAUUUGAAGUCGUCAGAAGCGCAAGAGCACCUGCAAUGAUGGCACGGAACGCUGCCCUCAACGGCGAGGCCCCACCCGAAGGUAUUCCCGUGGCCAUGGGUGUGCUCCGGAACGGCCCUAUCGAUUCAGACGAUGAUGACGAACCUCCGAGGCGCUCACCAAGACAUCACGAGGGCGACCUGCUUGAUGACAAUGGUGACCCACAAGACUCAGAGCCUGAGAGCCCUGUUGCUGAGCGGGCACGUCGCUCCUUCGGCGAUGGCGAGAGGUUCCCAAGGGAGCCAACUAGGGCCUUGUCGAAAAAACCUCACAGUGCGGCGCUCCGCCAGGUCGCUGCUGAUAUGGAUCUUCCCGAUAUUCCGCGCAAGAGCUCAAAGCGGGCUUCUGGAAGUCACGAACGACAGGCCCCAGCACCAUUGCUCAGUCUUACUAUGCCUGGAUCCAACCUCUCAUUCGAUAAGCACAUGGGAGGGUCUGAUUCUGCAAGCCAAAACUCCAGUCGACACCGGGCGACCUUGUCCGCAUCGUCACGGCUCCCAUUUGAGCGCACGGGAUCUCAGAAGCGGUUGUCAUCCAACUCAUCCAUGGAAUUCCCUGGCGAAUUCACCCAGGUGGACCUCCAAGGAGGACGAGAGGAACGGCCUGCCAGUUUCGGCAGGGUGCCACACCAUAGCAUCAGCAAGGUUGACCCUUUACACCGCGAGGUCGACCUUCUUGGCAGCUCUGCCGAGUUAGUGGUCGAUGAUCCUCCCCGGCCACGAACAUGA